AUGAUUUUGGUUUCUUUCCUCUCUCCCCUCUCUGAGCCGUUCAUGAUGACCCAUAGUAAUUCCAGUUGGAGUCUUCUCCAUCCUUCUUUUUUCCUAAUUGGCAUCCCAGGUUUAGAGGAAAGCCAGCACUGGAUAGCAUUGCCACUGUGUGUCCUUUACCUCUUUGCUUUCGUGGGCAAUGUCACCAUCCUCUUCAUUAUCUGGACUGACCCAGGGUUGCACCAGCCUAUGUACAUCUUUCUGGCUAUGCUAUCUGGCAUUGACCUGGUCCUGGCCUCCUCCACUGCACCCAAAAUGCUCGCGGUGCUCCUGGUUGAUGCCCAUGAGAUUGGGUAUACUGUUUGCCUGAUACAGAUGUUCUUCAUUCAUGCGUUCUCUUCUAUGGAAUCAGGUGUACUUGUGGCCAUGGCUCUCGAUCGCUAUGUAGCCAUAUGUCACCCUCUGCACCAUCCCACCAUCUUGCAUCCAUGGGUCAUAGGGCGCAUUGGAAUGGCAGUGCUGCUGCGGGGAUUAGUCCUCCUCCUCCCCUUCCCUAUCCUUUUGGGGAGACUUACCUUCUGCCAGGCCCCUGUCAUAGGCCAUGCGUAUUGUGAACAUAUGGCUGUGGUGAAACUUGCUUGCUCAGAAACCAUAGUGAAUCGAGCCUAUGGGUUGGUAGUGGCACUGCUUGUGGUUGGACUAGAUGUCCUUGCUAUUGGUUUUUCCUAUGCCCUCAUCCUCCAGGCAGUGGUAAAGGUGCCAGGGGUUGAGGCCCGAUUAAAGGCCUUUAGUACAUGUGGGUCUCAUAUUUGUGUCAUCCUGGUCUUCUAUGUUCCUGGAAUGUUUUCUUUCCUCACUCACCGUUUUGGCCACCAUGUGCCCCAUCAUGUUCAUGUUCUACUGGCCACGCUCUACCUCCUUGUGCCCCCUGCACUCAACCCAGUUGUCUAUGGGGUGAAGACUGCGCAGAUCCGCCAGCGAGUACUCAGGGUGUUCUACAUAAAAGAGUAG